AAUUCUUCCAGACCUCGCGCUUUCGUUCCUGGAAAUUCAGAAAGCAGGGCGUGGAGUGCGUGCGCUCGAAGCUAGGGUUAGAGUCUGUGGAAUCGAAGGGGAAGAGGUUGAAGAUGAUUGAAGUGGUAUUGAACGAUCGGCUGGGGAAGAAGGUGAGGGUGAAGUGCAACGAAGACGACACCAUCGGCGAUCUGAAGAAGCUGGUGGCCGCUCAAACGGGAACCAGAGCUGACAAGAUCAGGAUUCAGAAGUGGUAUACUGUCUACAAGGAUCACAUCACCCUUAAAGACUACGAGGUCCACGAUGGCAUGGGCCUCGAGCUCUACUACAACUAAGCCCUAGGUUUGAUGAUCAUAUGGAAAUAAGCUGGGGGGAAAUGCUUGCGUUUCUGCUGGUGGGAGAUGCGUGCCAUGUCCUUCCAGAUAAAAACUAUUUAGGUUGUAAUAUGCGUUCAUCUUUGUGAGUUGUUAAUGGAUAAACACAAGCAUACUCUACACAUGUUAAUGUUGUUUACUUCACUGACUACUCUUGCAUAAUAUGUUGCGGUCUAUCUUCUUUUUUAAGUUGUGAAUGAUGGCAUGGGCUUGUUGCAUCUACCGCACAUUUUAUACUAAUUUAAAGCUUGUUAAAUGUUGCGAUGGGUUUCUGUUAUUGUACCUAGCUGGGACUAAAGCAUAGUUAAGUGUAAGUUGAGGAUUUUCAUUCUUCAA